AUGGCAAUACAUAAGACGACCCAACCACACUUUAGCCCAUCAAGAAAGUACAAUGUCGACACUGAUUUACAGCAGAUAUGUAGUCAAAUACUACGGGUCGUACUUGAACCUACCGAUUUAUGGAUCGUGAUGGAAUAUUGCGGGGCUGGCUCGUCUCUGGUACUUAUGCGACUACGACGCAAAACAUUAAACGAAAUGGAAAUUUCGUCGGUCCUAAGGGAUACUUUGAAAGGAUACGAUGGCAAAGCGGAAUACGGUAAUCGGGACACACCAUUUUGGAUGGCUCCGGAGGUUAUCGAGGAAAUUGGUUAUGACACGAAGGCCGAUAUGUGGUCCUUGGGAAUCACGGCUAUUGAAGCUGCUGAGGGGAGGCCACCAUAUGCUGAAAUCCAUCCAGCUCGAGGGCGAUUGGAUCCAAUCCAUGAAUUCAACGACUUCGUCCCCGCUGUCUACCUGUCAAAAAACCGGAUGAGCGGGCAACAGCUGCCGAACUACUCAAACAUCCGUUCAUCGACGCCACAGGACGUUGCCGAGGCAAAAACAUACAGCUGCCGCACAUAUGGGCCUGGUUUGUCGAUGAGGAAUGGAUUCGAGGUUGCUGCUAAGGAUGACAGCGAAUCACAUUGCCGAUGUUGCGGUGGAGGAUGCUAC